CCCUUUUCGCCCAAUUCCUCCUAUUUUAAAAUCGUGAAGGCUCGCCUUCUUCCUCUUCACUCUUAAAUCGCGUUUAGGCUCAUAAAAUCGCCCAAUUCCUCUCUCGCGCCGCCUCACCUUAUUUCUUGGCUUCUCAUCUGCAAAUCAACCACUGUGAGUUCUUUCUCUCUUUUCUGGUUUUAAUCUUUUGCUGACGGAAGCACCGAGAUUUGACGGGCCACUCUUUUUCGGUGAAGAACUUGGAGUUGAUUAUUCAUACAAUAGUCAAUCAAAGACGAUUUGGGAAAUGAUAAAGAUUGACUUAGUGAAUUCCAGAGCGUCUUAGAGUCCCUACACUUGAUAUAGAGGGAAACCCAGCAAUGGUAGGCCGAAGGGUGCUGUCCAUGCUGAAGAGCAGAGCAGCGGCGGCCGAAGAAGGUAAAGCGAAAACUUGGGGUCGUAGAGUGGUGUCAGGAGCACUGAUUUGCUUGACAGGAGGUGUUGCUUUGAGCGCGCUUGAUGAUCUUGUCAUUUACCAUAGCUGUAGCAGCAAGGCCCUGGAGAAAGCUAGUAAGAAUCAGGCUAUAAUUGAAGCUAUUGGUGAGCCUAUUGUGAGGGGUCCUUGGUAUAAUGCAUCACUUGCAGUGGCUCACAAGCGCCACUCAGUUUCUUGCACUUUUCCUGUUUCUGGACCGCAGGGCUCUGGAAUUUUUCAACUGAAAGCAGUACGUAAUGGAGAGGAUACAUGGUUCUCAAUUUUACGGCCUCGUGACUGGGAAAUCCUCAUUAUGGAAGCUCUGCUUCACGUGCCAGGGAAAGAAAAAAAGGAACAGACAUUUCGGAUUAGUGUUUCAGAUAACCCUCCAUCGGCCUGCAAGCCAUGCACUGCUUGUAGGGAUCAACCAUCAGCAAGUGCAAAAGAGAACCAACCUCAGCCUGCCUAGAAAGGAAAAAAUUCUUGUUUCGUUUCUAUCCUCUGUAACUAUGUAGUUUCUCCCAUGAAAUCUGACUUGGGAUUUUGAAUAAUACUUGCAGGCUUGGGACUGAAUAAUUCUUUGUGGAGUUCUGAAUAUUAAGAAGGGUAGUUUCACAUGACUUCUAUUUUGGUAGGCCAUAGUUUCAGUAGGCCAUAGUUUCAGAUGACCAUACCCUGCUGCUUGACAUUGAUUCUAAUUGUGUUAUUAGUGGGUCAUACAAAGUUCCUUUUUGGGAGA